GCGUGUAUUUGUGUGUGUGUGUGUGUGUGGGGAGAGCGCCUUGGCCGCCCUGUUUCCUGGUGCUCUGCUCCCUGACCCCAGUGGCAGUCCUUCUCACUGCACUGCUCCGCUCUCUUCCUUCUUCUCUCCCCCUUUCUCUCCCUCUCUCUUUCUCUCUCGCUUUCCAGCCAGACCGAGGCUGCUCUCUUCCUUCUUUCCUUCCUUUCUCCUUCUGCGGGUCUCUCGUUUCCACUCCAGGGAACCUUGAGGGUCGAAGGUUCUGCCCUGCCUUGCACCAGCCUUCCACCUUUGCAAAGCCUUUUCCUCGCUUUCUGUCUCUGUAACCAGCUCCUCGCCACCAUCCUUCCCUCAUGGAUUGGCUCCUUCCCCAGCACUGAAGGCAUCCCUAGGAAUACACAUCAAGAUCCAGGAAAAUAAAAGGGAGAGAAGCUCUUUCCCCCUAUUUUUAAAGGAACAUCUAAAUUUUAUCCAGGUAAAGCCAGUUAAAAGUUAAAGAGAAUGGAUACUGUACUCUCAGUGAUGGAGUAAAAUGAAGUCUUUGAGUUAAUGAGGAGAUCUUUGGAUUCUGAAGGUGGCUGGAACACAAUGUCUGCCUCCAUCCUUUAUCCUGGAAAGUUGUAAGUUGCUCAUGUCUAUAAAGAGGAAGGAUGGCUCAUGGAAUUCCUUCACAAGGCAAAGUUACCAUUACAGUGGAUGAGUACAGCUCAAAUCCAACCCAGGCAUUCACACACUACAAUAUUAACCAGAGCAGGUUCCAGCCUCCACAUGUACACAUGGUCGACCCUAUUCCAUACGACACCCCGAAACCAGCAGGCCACACUCGCUUUGUCUGCAUCUCAGACACACACUCCCGAACAGAUGGAAUCCAGAUGCCUUAUGGGGACAUCUUGCUUCACACAGGCGAUUUCACAGAAUUGGGGCUGCCCUCUGAGGUUAAGAAGUUUAAUGACUGGUUAGGAAACCUGCCGUAUGAAUAUAAAAUAGUGAUUGCUGGGAACCAUGAACUGACAUUUGAUAAAGAAUUCAUGGCAGACCUUGUUAAACAGGAUUACUACCGCUUUCCCUCUGUGUCCAAAUUGAAACCAGAGGACUUUGACAAUGUUCAGUCACUUCUGACAAACAGUAUUUACUUGCAAGACUCUGAGGUAACAGUCAAAGGAUUCCGAAUAUAUGGAGCCCCUUGGACACCAUGGUUUAAUGGAUGGGGCUUUAACCUACCCAGAGGCCAAUCUUUGUUGGACAAGUGGAAUCUUAUUCCUGAAGGCAUUGAUAUAUUAAUGACCCAUGGACCUCCUCUUGGGUUUCGAGACUGGGUUCCAAAGGAGCUGCAAAGAGUUGGCUGUGUAGAACUGUUAAAUACAGUACAAAGGAGAGUAAGACCUAAACUCCAUGUCUUUGGUGGAAUCCAUGAAGGUUACGGCAUUAUGACAGACGGUUACACAACGUACAUUAAUGCUUCAACAUGUACAGUCAGCUUUCAACCAACCAACCCACCAAUUAUAUUUGACCUUCCAACCCCACAAGGAUCAUGAAGCACUACUGCAGUGGGGGAAGGUCCAUAAACUGCCAUUUUUCUAAUUAAAAAACAUCCAUUCUCUUAACAUGUUUCUUUACAAAUGAUGUGGGGCUUUUUUUGUAAAAUUGUUGGUAAAACGGGGCGGGGGGAGAUAGGGGUUGUGCUUUUUUUUUUUUUUUUUGGAAAUGCAGCAUCCAUUUGAAAUUGAUAAAGCAUUGUGAAUUUGUAAAAUGAAGUUUUAUGUUUUCUUAAUGAACUUGCCAUUGUAAAUUGUUAGUGUUCUCAAAAGGACAGCCAAGCUUUCUUUUAAUGAGUGAGACACCUUAUUUUAAUAUUAUUAAUUAAGCUUAAAAGGGCAGUGUUUUUAAAAAAACAAAACCAAAUUUGCACAACUGUUAUUGUUUGAAUUUAAAAAAUGCUAAAUGCCACCCUCUCCUCUUCAUUUCUAGUAUCAUAACGUAUGCUCCCUGAUCCAGAAUUUCAUUGAUGCGCUUGUUCAAAGAUGAGCCACAAUCUGCUACAGAGAUAGAUGCCCUUAAUGUUGUUGAAAUCAGUGGGCUUAAGCGAGCCUAAUUCUGUUGGAUUGUGGUCAUGGAACUGUUGCACAGGAGGUAGUGUCCCCAUUUAUUUCAGUGGGUGCUGACAUGCACUCUUUGUGUAUUGAUCCGCUACCUUCACUGGGGAAAAAUGGAGGCGCCAUUCUGGGUCAGGAAGGUCCAUCCAGCUCUUGUGCCUACAGCAGAACACUAGAGCAGGAUGAUAGUUAGUUUGUUCACUAAUAUAUUGCAUACUGUUAACUUUUGCCUAUUAAUGGUGAUGCAUCAGUGAGAGGAAAAUAGCCUUCUAGGUUUAGUUUGUCUCUGCCUCCUUUAAUGACCAAUUAGAUAGAAGCAUCUUGUAUGUGAUUAUCUAAAUUGUCACUGUUUGGGUGAGUUUCUUAAAUUAUUUUAGCUUUAAAAUAUGGGGAUGAAAGCUGCAAUGAGAGGUGUUCCAUGCAGUAAAAAACAUGUAAAUGUGGACUCCUUUUAAAUAUGGAUUUUUAUAUAUAUGUAUUUUUUGUGCAUUAUAACUAAGCUAGGCAUUUAAUAUUGCCAGUGUAGCAUCUGCAAAAUUAUGCUGUACAGCACAUCUAAAUUAUGAAGGAUGUGACACAUUUUUCCAAGCGCUCAAGGCCUUCAAGAGCUUGAGUUUAAAAUCUUUGUGCAGUUCCAGGCAUGUAUAGAAUCAAAUGAAUACAAUCAAGCCUAACUAAAAUAAGGCUUUGUUGUCCUUUAUAUUUAAAAUAUUCUUGAAUUGUCUUUCCAUUUCUUUCCCCCCUUAUUUUGCACUGUGUGUAAAUGCAAUCUUGCUAGCACAAAAUAUUGUUGCAAAUAGUUAUUUCUGUUCUACCACUGUAAAUGCUAUUGAGCUUUAUUCUGUUUUAUGUUAUCUUAAUGGAAUUUAGAAAAGCAGUUUUUCUUUAAAUUUAUUGCGAUAUUAUAUAUCUAGCGGCCUUUAUAUGCAAAUAAAAUUGCAAGAUUUUUAAAUAUUA